GUCUUCCUCCCCCUCUUCCCCGCCCGGCCUCCCCCUCCUUCCCCAGCGGGCCCCCUCCCCGCAGGGAUAAUAUGGUCUCCGGCGAUGGACGCCCCAAGUGCAGGAUACGGCUUUGAGUACCUUAUUGAAACAUUAAAUGACAGUUCACAUAAGAAGUUCUUCAAUGUAUCUAAACUUGGAGGCACCAAGUAUGGUAAUGUUGCUUUACAUUUACUUGGGUUUGAUGAGUUUCUAAUAAUUAAAAUGCAUUUCUUGACAUUAUUCUUUAUUUUUAGUGGAAUACCGGCAAUGGUGGAUUUUGCUGCUAUGAGAGAGGCAGUGAAAACUCUUGGAGGUGACCCUAAGAAAGUCCAUCCUGCCUGUCCAACCGAUCUUACAGUUGACCAUUCUUUACAAAUUGACUUCAGUAAAUGUACAAUACAGAAUGCGCCAAAUCCUGGAGGUGGUGACCUGCAGAAAGCAGGAAAGCUCUCUCCACUUAAAGUGCAGCCUAAGAAGCUCCCCUGCAGAGGCCAGACUACCUGCCGAGGAUCAUGUGAUGCUGGAGAACUAGGCCGGAACUCAGGAACAUUUUCUUCACAGAUUGAGAAUACACCCAUCCUGUGUCCUUUUCAUUUGCAACCAGUGCCUGAACCUGAAACAGUGUUAAAAAAUCAAGAAGUAGAAUUUGGCAGAAAUCGAGAGAGGCUUCAAUUUUUCAAGUGGAGUUCAAGAGUUUUUAAGAAUGUAGCUGUAAUCCCUCCUGGAACUGGAAUGGCUCAUCAAGUAAACUUAGAAUAUUUGUCAAGAGUGGUUUUUGAAGAAGAGGAUCUUCUCUUUCCAGACAGUGUAGUUGGCACAGAUUCACAUAUAACCAUGGUGAAUGGUUUGGGAAUUCUGGGAUGGGGGGUUGGAGGCAUUGAAACAGAAGCAGUUAUGCUUGGUCUACCAGUUUCUCUUACUUUACCAGAAGUGGUUGGAUGUGAGUUAACUGGGACAUCAAAUGCCUUUGUUACAUCCAUAGAUGUUGUUCUUGGCGUUACAAAGCACCUCAGGCAAGUAGGAGUGGCUGGAAAGUUUGUUGAGUUUUUUGGAAAUGGAGUUUCACAAUUAUCUAUAGUUGAUCGAACUACAAUAGCAAACAUGUGUCCAGAGUAUGGUGCUAUCCUCAGCUUUUUCCCUGUUGACAAUGUGACAUUAAAACAUUUAGAACAUACAGGUUUUGACAAAGCCAAACUCGAGUCAAUGGAAACAUACCUUAAAGCUGUGAAAUUGUUUCGAAAUGACGAGAAUUCUUCAGGAGAACCUGAAUACUCCCAGGUGAUCCAAAUUAAUCUGAAUUCAAUAGUUCCCUCUGUUAGUGGUCCAAAAAGACCUCAGGAUAGAGUUGCUGUGACAGAUAUGAAAAGUGAUUUCCAGGCUUGCUUAAAAGAAAAGGUUGGAUUUAAAGGCUUCCAAAUUGCAGCUGAAAAGCAAAAUGAUACCGUCUCCAUUCAUUAUGAAGGAAGUGAAUAUAAGCUAUCUCAUGGGUCAGUGGUCAUUGCUGCAGUUAUUAGUUGUACCAAUAAUUGUAAUCCAUCCGUCAUGCUUGCUGCAGGUCUUUUGGCUAAAAAGGCUGUUGAAGCUGGUCUGCAUGUUAAACCUUAUAUAAGAACAAGUUUAUCUCCAGGCAGUGGAAUGGUUACACAUUACCUCAGUUCAAGUGGAGUAUUGCCAUACCUUAGUAAGCUUGGAUUUGAAAUAGUUGGCUAUGGAUGUUCAACAUGUGUGGGAAAUACCGCACCCUUAUCAGAAGCAGUUUUAAAUGCAGUAAAACAGGGUGAUUUGGUUACCUGUGGAGUUUUAUCUGGAAACAAAAAUUUUGAAGGUCGCCUUUGUGAUUGUGUUCGUGCCAAUUAUCUUGCCUCUCCACCCUUAGUGGUAGCUUAUGCCAUAGCAGGCACAGUGAAUAUAGAUUUCCAGACAGAGCCUUUAGGUACUGACCCUGCUGGCAAAAACAUUUACCUGCAUGAUAUUUGGCCUAGUCGAGAAGAAGUUCAUCAGGUAGAAGAAGAAUAUGUUAUACUAUCCAUGUUUAAAACAUUAAAAGAAAAAAUAGAGAUGGGAAAUAAACGAUGGAAUUCCUUAGAAGCACCAGAUUCAGUUUUGUUUCCAUGGGACUUAAAGUCUACUUAUAUCAGAUGUCCUUCAUUUUUUGAUAAACUUACCAAAGAGCCAAUUGCACUCCAGCCUAUUGAAAAUGCCCAUGUCUUACUAUAUUUGGGAGACUCUGUUACGACAGAUCAUAUAUCACCUGCUGGAAGCAUCGCUAGGAAUAGUGCUGCUGCUAAGUAUUUGACAAACAGAGGCCUUACCCCUCGAGAAUUCAACUCUUAUGGAGCCCGAAGAGGAAAUGAUGCUGUGAUGACAAGAGGCACUUUUGCAAAUAUCAAGCUUUUUAAUAAGUUUAUUGGAAAGCCAGCUCCCAAAACAAUUCAUUUUCCAUCAGGACAGAUGCUAGAUGUAUUUGAGGCUGCCGAGCUGUACCAGAAAGAAGGUAUUCCACUGAUUAUUUUAGCAGGAAAAAAAUAUGGUUCGGGAAACUCAAGAGACUGGGCUGCCAAAGGACCAUAUUUGCUGGGUGUAAAAGCUGUUUUGGCUGAAAGUUAUGAAAAAAUACACAAAGAUCAUUUGAUUGGAAUUGGCAUAGCUCCACUACAGUUCCUUCCAGGAGAAAAUGCAGAUUUCUUGGGCCUGUCUGGCAGAGAAACAUUUUCUUUAACAUUUCCUCAAGAGCUGUCUCCUGGGAUUACAUUAAAUAUUCAGACAAGCACUGGAAAAGUGUUCAGCGUGAUUGCUUCAUUUGAAAAUGAUGUGGAAAUAACAUUGUACAAACAUGGAGGAUUAUUAAACUUUGUGGCACGAAAAUUCUCAUAGUAUCUACUCACCAUGGGUACCUUCCAUAACUGGUAACUGCAAAGCCUUUUGUGCUGGACCCAGGAAUCCUUACCAUGGAGCUGCAGAUAGUCCCAGUAUACUCACUUAUCUCCUCCAUGGAUGUAAAUGAUUAUGAAUCAACGUAGUGACUGAAAUGAAAUCUUCUUGAUUUUAAAUAAUAUACGAAUGGUGCUAUUAACAUUGCUAAAAUCAACGUGUGAAGUGUGUUGUGGAAGAGACCUGUAAGUAUGGGGGGGAGAUAUUUUAUCAGACCAUUUUGUAAAUAAAGGCAGAUUUGAACUUGUGUUGAAGAUUCUUAUACAUGUAUGAGUAACCUUCCUGAAGUUGUUUAGUUUUGCACCUAUAAAACUGUGUACUACUGUUUGUUGGUUAAGAGUAGCAGGUUGAAAUAUAAGAAGCCAGAUUAAGACUCUAAAAUGAUUGGUUGGAAUCUGAUUUAUAAAUGGGCUUUUAUUGAUUCCUUUUCAGAAUUGACCUGGACACAUUUGGCUUUUUUAGUUUAUCAUAUAAGCCAGGUUUAUCCUCAGUGUUGGUCUAACUAUAAGUGAUAAAACCUGCCCCAGAUCACAAUCAUUCUGUCUAAUCCAGCCAAAGUUUCCUCCAUAUCCGAAGAUGUACCAUGGCAGAAUAUAGCUAAUUGCGUGGUAGCAUGUCUUAGCAAUGGAAAUACAGUAGAACCUCUGUAAGUUGACUGCCCAAGGGACUCUAAGAAACUGGUCAACAUACAGAGGUGGUCAACAUAAGGAACUAGGCCUAUUGUACAUGUCUGGUAAACGUAAGGAGGUGGCCAAUUAUGGAGGUUCAAUAUGUAUCACAUCUGAUACAGCCCUUAAUUUUUUAGUAAUUUGCCACUGGCAAACUGAUCUCUGGCAAGCUUCAAAUGGCAUAUUAAUUGGGUUAAAAGUAUUUUGCUUGCCCUAUGUAAUACUAUAAUUUCCCAUAACCUACUAUUUUAGAUAUUAUUAACUACAAUUCCACACUCAUUUUAUAGUUGAUGAGGAGAAUUCAUUUAAUCAUUAAACUCUAAACUGAUUUACUCUAGACUUUUAAAUUAUCUACCCUAAAUUGUAUAGGUGCUUAACCGUAGCAUUUUUUAAGUGUUGCUAUUUCUUAAUUAAAUUGAUUUCCUAUCAUUUUGAAUUUUACCUGGGAUGCAUGAUUCUAUUAGUUUUGUUAUAUUACUGUUUUAACCAAAGCUAACUGUAAGGAUAAAACACUUAAGUGUUGCUAUGUCAAUUCCAUAUAGUCUCAGUGUGUGUCUGUCCACCACAUGAAAUGUUUUGUCAAAAAGAUGUUUGGCACCUUUAAAAAGAAAAGUUGAGUAAUUAAUUCCAGAAGGUUCCAUACCUUUUUAAAACUAAGAAGUUAAACUUAGUGGGCUAAAAGUUAAGUGUAGUGAUUUUUUCAAUGUGACCUACUUAAUGUUACUGCAUUUCAGAAUUUGCUUACUUUGCAGAGUAAAGAAUUAUUUGUUUAAAGCUAAAAUGCUGAAACUACCAAACCAGUGGAUGAACACCACUGAGAACUUUGCACAUAAUCAAUCAAUCUUUGAAAAUAUUUUGCAAAUAUGUGCUUAGACAAAAAGAUGGACUAUAGCUUGACAAAGCAAAUUUCCCCUUCAUUUAAAUUUUUUAUAGAUAUUUUCUUGGGUACUUUGAAGUUAUAUUGUGUUUUCAGUAUAUGCUGUAUAUCUGUCAGUGCGUGUGUUUUUAAUUUAUAGGAAAACAUGAGUUAGGGAUGGAGAUCUUAACAAAUUUAAUGUUAAGCUACCUGUGAUGUGCUUUGAAAAAAAAUGGUAAUUCCAGAUGGUAUGUGGGGGGAGAAUCUGUAUUAUUUUGAAGGCAGACUAUAUACCAUGUAUAUAGUCUGUGGGCAGAGGCACAAGCAUUCAUCAUUAACAUCGGAUCCAGGAGACAAUGAGGAACUAGCCAGCUAGCUGGCUAGCUAGCUAUGAAUUUAACAUUUAUAUUUCCUUUCUACCUAGUCUAGUAAUAAUACAAGUAAAUCUUGUAUUUCAGGAACAAAAUCAAGGUUCUCAUUUUUUGCUUAUAUACAGUGAACCAAAUGUUUAAUAAACAUGGUUUUAAAUUGGGAAAGAGUGAUAGACGUAUGUUCCAGUGUGUCUAACUUACAAUUGUGUUUCUAGCCAAAUGCUGUGUUUGCAAAAAUCUGGCAUCUGUUGGGUUUUUUUUUUUUUAUCUACUUGUUGACUAUAUCUAGAUAAUUUUGUGUUACAAAAAAAAAUAAAAAUUUUGUGAAAAGAAAGUGUAAUUGGCACACACACACACAAAAGCUAGUGUUGUGAGAUUAAAGUACAAACUUAAAGGUCAUUACCAACAGCAGCAUUUUAAAGAUCUUUUUAAAACACGAUGCUGCAUAUCAUUGCCAUUUUCAUACCUUUGGCUUUUGCUGCUCCUAUAAAAUAAAAUCCGUGAAAAUGUUAUUCAGCCACUGAAUUGCCAUUAUUACAUCUAAAAAGUUUAUAAGAGGACCGUUGUCCUUAUUUCUGUUUUAUCUCCAUGUUGGUACUUUAAUAUGGGAGGUAUUAAAAUCCCUUUAGUCACAUUGUUCAGUUUUUUGCUGGUAAUCAAACUGCAGUUGUAUUUAAAGGGAAGAAAGUAAAGCUAAGCCAUACAUACAUCAGAAUCACAGUUGAUUGAAUAUAUGGUUACACUGUCGAGUGCAUUUGUCUUCUCUCAGUGAUGAGUGACAGAAUGAGGAGAAAUUUGAGUGAUGUUUUUCUGUGGUUGAAUUAAAAGACACCUUUCUUUUGCCCUUAGGUUUAGAAGAUAACUAAGAUACUGGAUAUUGAGCCUAUCUUAGUUUGAUUUGGAGUAAUAAGGACAGGAGAAGGGGAUGGACUUCGGCUUUUUCAGUGUUUUUUCCCCCCAAAGGGUGAUAGUGUCAAUGUUUAUAUCAAUUAUACACAUAAUAUGUGGCUAUGAAACCAUAUAUCUCAAGUUAUUACAAAUCAUUGUCUAUUAUUUAAAGCCAACCAAACAGUGUAACAGUUUUAAGUUCAAUAAUGUUAAGUAUUGUAUAGAAAUAUAUUGGAGGCAGGUUCAGUUGAUGACAAUUGUGUAUAUGUUACUGAUGCUGUAAAUUAUUUUUAAUAAAGAAAAUUGUAUUAUCACA